AUGUCCAAACUAUCCCAAUUACUCGUUCUCUUAGUAAUCGUAAUCCUUUCGACCGUCGCAUUAGUCCAAUGCGGUAUAACCCUCAACCCAACUAAUAAACGACUUUGUAUGAUGCUCCCACCUAAAAAAGGACAAAUCAUUGGUGACCAUGAAGAUGAUGCUAUCGCAUUCUGCGAGGAUAAAAAUAAUGCAGUUGGUGCCAAGCAAUUUCCUGCUGGAUUUAUCAAAUCGAAACACUUUGUAGAGAACGUAGAUUUCAUUCAAUACACUGGCAGAAUUAACAGAACCAAAUACAGCUUGAAAAAGAGUGAUGGAGGUGGUCAAUUUGAUACUCGCGCUCCCAUUGGUGCCAAAUGUCUAGGUUUCAAAAAUUUUGUAAACUUAAUUGAGCCCGACACUAAUCGUUACUGUAUCCGUUGUUGCCAUGACACCAAGAAAUGUAAUACCGGAAAAAGCCAGUUCGGAUGCGAAGUAGUCAUGGGUGGUGGUGAUUACAGUUAA